AUGGCCACCAUCAUCAUGGUGACAGUGACUCAACCCCCGCCUAACAACAUUCCUGGUAACAUUCCACAUCCCUUGUAUGCUAUACUAUCCUUCAACCUCACCAUCCACUCGACCAUCACAAACCCCCCCGAAUACACAACUCAUUACCACUACCAACAGCCAGAGAUAAGAAUGACACAAUUCCACCCGAUCUCGUUCAAAUCCCUCCGCAGGCGUCUAUCCAGACACUCCAAGCCCAGCACAACCAUCACAGUUUCUUCUUCAGAAAUCUCAGAAGCUGAAACGCAGACUGUCAAGCCCAUAAUCCGACGCAAAAGCGCAAAGGAGAUUAGGAAAGCAGUGAUCGAGUUCCUGGAAGAGCUUGGCGGUGCGGUUAGGGCUACUCCUAUCGACGAGGACUAUGGACGGUGUGACUGUGGACGGUGUUUCGGGCGGUGUUUCGGACGGACACCGCAGAGUAGAUACGGGCCGGCUUUGAUCGGUCGUGAUUUGGAUGAUACUCUGUGUCUUUUGAGGUCGAGGCCGGUUUGUUGA